AGCCGCUCAUCCAAGUUCUCAACUGAACUCUUAUCAGCUGUCAUGUGUGUUGACAAUUAUCGUAUUGCGUACGAUUCGUGGGGGUGAAUUUUUGAAAAAAUUAAGUUUUUACUUUCCCGUGUCAGAGCAGACACCGAGCACAACGCAACUUACGGAUCUCAGCUGGAGAAUCGAAACGCAGAGGCAUCCAUUAACCUAUCGCCAGAGACCUUGAACACACUUUUCGAGUGAUAUCGCCAGAUUGCCAAGAGAGGAUACCGUCGAAGACAAACCACAGACUGAUAAAGGCCGCAUUGGGGCUUGCCUUAGUUUUUGAUAGAGAUUUAUUGUAAAUAACGCAGAAGCAUGUCGAGGUGCGCUCCUCUUUGUCACGUUUAAUGCUUUCCAUUGUGUAUGGCCACCGAGGGAGGGGAAAGUUUCGAGGGAGAAGUGCAAAAGUGAAGCAAUAACACCCAAAUUUUUAUUUGACACCACACCCAACGCCAAAUGGAAUUGCAAAUGCCAAAACAAUCGAUCCUGCAAACAGAGGUACCGCUGCUUCUACCAGACGUGCGUCUGCGGAAAUUAGAUAAGGAACCCAGCCGAGUGCACGUUGACAAACCACACAAACAUAAGCCGAAACUGAGCAAGACGCAGCCGAAAGAUCAACUCAAAAUACUGCAAAAGUACCGCACCAAGCAAUUGAAGUCGCGACACACUCGACAAGAGCAGGAAAAUCAAAACUUACCAAGCAAUAUGUCAGCUAAGCAUGACGAUCUCAACGCUAGAAUAAACAAAGAACGUUCCAGGAACCGUCUCGAAACUAAGGCCAGAUUGCAACAGUGGCCACUAGAUAGGGUGCUUCAGCAAUCAACAGACCAACAGACGCUCGUGCAGCAACCGGUGUUUGAGGCGCAAAUAUUGGAGCAACCUCAACUCGACGGGAAGGAGCAAGUCAUUUUGUUGCAAGAGCCGGGCCUUAAGUUACCAGAAAUCGUGCAAGUCACCAAUCAGCAAGGAAUCCUUCCACAAGAAGUGGUCCUCGUGUCGUACAACGGCGAGCCGGCCCCAAGCGAGACCGGGAUCAUCGCGUACGAUGAAAGCGGUCAAGUGUUACUUAUUCGCGAGUCCGACAUAAAGUCCGUCGAAUCCUACAAAAAUCAGCACCUAAUCCACACGUUUGACGGAACGACAUACAUAAUCGAUAACAAUACAGAAACUACGACCGUCGAGCCGACGUACAUUGUCUGGGACAAAUCUCUCCCGACGAGCAGCCCCUACUUGGUAGAUGGAGUGGCUUUGGCAAACGUUGUAGUGCCAGACGAGGAGGCGACAAUUUUCACUGAAGACGUUUCCGCCAAUAACACUUAUGGCUUUCAAGAUUGGGAUGAUCUCGACAUCUACCAGGCUAUGACCGCCUUCAGAAUAGCCGAGACUAGUGAAACUAACUCGGUACUGGCGCAACCGCCAAUCAUGUCUACCGUGGAGAAUCCGUCGCGCGUUCGAUUGACCCCAACAGACUUUAAGCUCACCAGGAAACCGACCGACCCUGUCUGCGCAAGCCAAAGCAUCGAGGAUAGCCUAGCGAAAAUCGGUGUGAUAACGACAGAAUCGUCCAACAUUCCAGCCACCCUCCAGUUGCCUUCAACCGUCACAGACCCGACGAUCACCUCGACAAUCCAGAACGUCACAAGCGAGGAGGAGGACGAAAGCAAUACAAUAAUCUACACCAACAACGAAUACUGGCAAUGAUCGGCGCCUGUCGUUUGGUUUGUCGCGAAGUUACUUGUGUCGUUUCGUCAAUGCAAUCAUUUGUUCUAAUUCUAGCGCGCUAAUACUAAUUGUAAAUGCAAACAGACAACUAGACACUGCACAACUCAAAUUCGCUCUGAAAUGAAAACAAAAUAAAUUGUUUUAGUAGAAAGUUUUGUAGUGCAACCAGUCGGUAUUGGGCGGUUCGUCUCGUUAUCUGCCGCGAGACGUAGGUGCUGCUGGCAGGGCAGCUGGAAGUGAUGAAUUCUGUGGCGGCUGCUGUGCUAUUUGUUAUCGGUCGAUAUUGUCGGUGCCGGAGAGCUACACUACCUCCCCGGACGCUCUUAAAUCAAAAGUAGGCUUUCUAUUUUCUGGGGACUUUAGCUCGAAUCCGCAGGAGGGGGAGGGGGGGGGCAGUUUUAUGAGUUAGUUCGUCUUUUUUCUUUCUUUCUUUCUUGAUAGGUUUUGCCUCACCUGAUGGGGUGCAAUUUUGUGGAGUGAUUUCAGAGUUAUAACAGUUCAAUUUAGGUUUAAUUGAUUUACUUGUGAUUCCUCUUUUAGGCGUUUCGAUUCCUUGCCAUAAGUUCUUCUGAAUUAUGUAAUUAAGUUCUUUUCUUCUUCUCUGCACACUUUAGGACUAUUUUAUCCAAAUGUAAAACAUGGAAAGUGAUGAUACAUAUUUAGUCAGUCAGAUAUGUUAUAAUUAUUUGAAGAAAUUGUCUUGAUAUAGUUUAAACUGAAUAAAAGAGUUUAUUAUUGAAAAUCA